AUGGGCCCGCGAGCUUCACGGCGCAGAGUCGUGACUUCCGACGAUGAGGACGAUGACCCAAAGGAGAUCAAGGCCGAAUCACCCAAACCAGCAAAGCCGGCCGCUGGGAAGUUGAAGGCCAUCAAGAAUGGAAAGGCUGCCUCGACGAGCAAAUCUGUCAAGGCAACGAGCCCCAAGUCGUCACCCAAGAAGCGAACCUCGAAACCCAAGCAGGAGACCAAAGAGCCACCAAAGCCAGCUGCAAACCCCAUCUAUUCCUUCUUCAACAAUGCCACCCAGCGGCAGCAAAGACCGCAGCCAUCUGUCAGCCCAGACAAGUUUUCCACUCAUCGCGAGGAGCUGGACACGAUACAGGAUGACCUAGUCGAGGACGAUGAUCACCCAAACGGAACGGGUACAGCACUCUCAAAAGGACCGAGCACUGCAUUGGCGUUGCGAAAACGCAAGUUUGGACGAACGCAGAGCUUCGAAAGCGAGUCGAGUCUUCCAUCCACUGCAUCGCAGAAGUUCAGAAAGGCAAGUGGUGGAGAUCGUGUCCCGACUCUGACUGUCAAGAACCAGGACAACCGGCCCUGGACCGAGCAGUUUGCGCCAAUUGACCUAUCAGAACUUGCCGUACACAAACGCAAAGUCGACGAUGUGCGGAAAUGGCUAGACAUGGCGUUGCGAGGGAGGCGCAAUAAAGUGCUUGUGCUUAAAGGCCCCGCUGGCUCCGGCAAGACGACAACUGUACAGCUACUGGCCAAAGAUAUGAGCAUCAGCACGUAUGAAUGGAAAGAUCCAAGUGGUGCUGAUUAUAGUCCGGAAGGGGCAUUAUCGUCAGCAGCACAGUUUGAAGAGUUUGUUGGCCGUAUUGGCAAGUCUGCCGGAUUGAUGCUUUCGUCUGGUGACGGAUCAGGGCUCACUCAGCCUGACUACAAGGCUUCCACAACGGCGGAAUCAUCCGACAGAUUGCAGGCACUACUCGUAGAAGAGUUCCCUAAUACCUUCUCCAAGCAGUCCGCCACGUUACAAUCAUUCCGCUCAACGGUUGCGCAGUAUCUGAGCUCGUCUGCACCUCCACACUCGAGUCCCACGCCCCUGAUUAUGGUCAUCUCUGAAACGUUGCUUUCCACCAACACAGCUGCAGCGGACAGCUUCACUGCUCAUCGCCUACUUGGACCAGAACUCAUAACGAAUCCCUACGUCAACGUCAUCGAGUUCAAUCCUGUGGCACCUACUUUCCUGAUCAAAGCGCUUGAGGCGAUUGUGGUCAAAGAAGCCAGGAAGUCCGGACGGAGGCGAACGCCGGGAUCACAAGUCUUGAAGCGCAUCGCAGAAAGUGGAGACAUCAGGAGCGCAGUAUCAUCGCUCGAGUUCUUGUGCGUGCGUGGCGAUGAAGAAGACUUGUGGUCGAGCAAGGUGACUUUCACGAAGGCGAAGCAGUCAACGACGGUGCAACCUCUUACGAAAGCUGAGCAAGAAGUGCUGAAGCUCGUGACAAAUCGCGAGAGCAGUCUGGACAUCUUUCACGCGGUUGGCAAAGUCGUGUACAACAAACGCAUUGAUGUGUCAACCUCCGCUGGCUUGCCGCAGCCGCCAGCAUGGCUGCCUCAGCAUAGACGUAGCAAGAUUCCUGAGAACGAUCCUGACAUUCUGAUGGACGAGCUAGGCACGGACACAUCCACCUUCCUGGCAGCGCUUCACGAGAACUAUGCUUUGUCAUGCUCGACUUCGAGUGCCGACGACACCAUGGAGAGCCUCGCUGCAUGUAUGGACAACCUGUCGGACUCGGAUCUGCUAUCGAUCGAUCGUUUCUCAUUUGGUACAAGAGCGUACUCUGGCUCUGCAACUGACACAUUACGGCAGGACGAAAUGUCGUUCCAGGCCGCAGUCCGGGGCAUCUUGUUCAGCUUACCCAGUCCAGUCCAUCGUAGUGCUGGAGCAUCUGGCAAUCGAAGUGUCGCUCACAGCAUGUUCUACCCUACGUCUCUGAAGUUGUGGCGCAAGAAGGAAGAAGUCGGCGAUAAUCUGGAGUUGUUGAUCAGCAAGCUAGUGUCAGGUGGCACAUCGAGUACUGGUCGAUGUGGUAAAGUCAAGUCGACGACAGCAUCCGGUGUAGAAAGCUGGCAGCAGAACACUUCAUCCCGGGCGACCUCAUUCAAUCCUGAUGAAAACAACACUGAGGGAACACCGCAAGUCAGCACCGAGCUCAAGAACCAGAUGCUCCUCGACCAGCUACCGUACAUGCUACACAUCCUAAGCGCAAGGAGUGCAUCCCGAGACGAACAAAUUCUGGUGGAUCAAAUACGUGAUAUCACAAGAGUGACUGGCAUAGCAGCGACAGAAGAUCUGCAGGCGGAGAACGAUGAUGCAGACGACAACAUGAACGACAAAGAACAGUGGUCCACAGAUCGACCUGACGCAGAGCCUGGAGUGAAGAAGCAGCGGCUGUCGGGUAAGAAGCAGGUGACGUUCGAGGCACCACAGAUACCGGUUGAGUUGAGGGUUGAGAGACUGGUACUGGCAGAUGAUGAUAUUGUCGAUGAUUGA